CAUUCCUUUGAGGGUCGUGGGCAGACGCCAUUUUGGCCCUAGAGAUGCUUCUAGGAAGUAGAACGGUGGCUCGCACGCCUGUAUGACUGCUGCACUGUUGGGUGCAACGUUUUCUGUCCCGACUUCCAGGUCCGAGUGUUGGCCUCUGCGCUGCUGCUUUUUUAAUCUCCGCACCCUUCAAACUUUCAGGUCCGGCGGGAACCUCUGAGCACCGGGCCGCGCCGUCGGGGGUCACACCGCUAAGAAGGAGGUGACGGGGGCGGCGCGGGGCGCGGACCCUCCCCGCUGAGAGUCCGCCUGCCAUGGACUCGGAAUAUUACAGCGGCGACCAGUCAGAUGAUGGUGGCGCUACCCCAGUACAGGAUGAACGGGAUUCAGGGUCAGACGGUGAGGAUGAUGUAAAUGAGCAGCACUCUGGAUCAGACACUGGAAGUGUAGAACGUCAUUCAGAGAAUGAACCUAGUGAUCAAGAAGAUGGCCUUAGUAAAAGACAUGUGACAGACUCUGAGAAUGAUGAACCCUCAAAUCCUAAUGCCAGUGACUCUGAAAGUGAGGAGCUUCACAGGCAAAAGGACAGUGACUCUGAAUCUGAGGAGCGUGCAGAGCCUCCUGCAAGUGACUCUGAAAAUGAGGAUGUCAAUCAACAUGGGAGUGACUCUGAGAGUGAGACCAGGAAAUUACCUGGAAGUGACUCUGAAAAUGAGGAGCUUCUUAACGGGCAUGCAAGUGACUCAGAAAACGAAGAUGUUAGAAAGCACCCUGCCAGUGAUUCCGAGAUCGAAGAGCUCCAAAAGAGUCCUGCCAGUGACUCUGAAACAGAGAGUGCUCUAAAACCCCCAAUCAGUGACUCUGAGAGCGAGGAGCCGCCAAGGCACCAAGCCAGUGACUCAGAAAAUGAGGAGCCUCCCAAACCUCGAAUGAGUGAUUCUGAAAGUGAGGAGCUUCCUAAACCUCGGAUCAGUGACUCGGAAAGUGAGGAACCCCCAAGGCACCAGGCCAGUGACUCAGAAAAUGAGGAGCUUCCCAAACCCCGAAUUAGUGACUCAGAAAGUGAGGACCCUCCAAGGCACCAGGCCAGUGACUCAGAAAAUGAGGAGCUUCCCAAACCCCGAAUUAGUGACUCAGAAAGUGAGGACCCUCCAAGGCACCAGGCCAGUGAUUCUGAAAAUGAGGACCUUCCCAAACCCCGAGUCAGUGACUCUGAGAGUGAGGAGCCUCAGAAGGGACCUGCCAGUGAUUCAGAGACGGAGGGCGUCUCCAGACACAAACAGAAGCUGGAGUCGGAUGAUGACAGCGAUGGCGAGAAUAAGGGAGAGGAUACGGAAGUGCAGAAUGAUUCUUUUCAUUCAGAUAGCCAUAUAGACAGAAAAAGCUUUCACAGUUCUGACAGUGAGGACGAAGAACCCAAAAGGCAAAAAAUUGACAGUGAUGAAGAUGAAGAAAAAGAGGGUGAGGAGGAGAAGGUAGCAAAGCGAAAAGCUGCUGUGCUUUCUGACAGUGAAGAUGAAGAGAAAGCAUCAGCAAAGAAGAGUCGAGUUGUCUCUGAUGCAGAUGACUCUGACAGUGAUGUUGUAUCAGACAAAUCAGGUAAAAGAGAAAAGACUAUAGCAUCUGACAGUGAAGAAGAAGCAGGGAAAGAAGAGUUGUCUGAUAAGAAAAAUGAAGAAAAGGAUCUUUUUGGGAGUGAUAGUGAGUCGGUCAAUGAAGAAGAAAAUCUUAUUGCAGACAUAUUUGGAGAAUCUGGUGACGAAGAGGAAGAAGAAUUUACAGGUUUUAACCAAGAGGAUUUGGAAGAAGAAAAAGUUGAAACACAGGUAAAAGAAGCAGAAGAUUCAGAUUCUGAUGAUAACAUAAAGAGAGGAAAACAUAUGGACUUUCUGUCGGAUUUUGAGAUGAUGUUGCAGCGGAAAAAAAGCAUGAGCGGCAAGCGCAGACGUAAUCGUGAUGGUGGCACCUUUAUCAGUGAUGCGGACGACGUUGUGAGUGCCAUGAUCGUCAAGAUGAACGAAGCUGCCGAGGAAGACAGACAGUUGAACAAUCAAAAAAAGCCAGCACUGAAAAAAUUAACUUUAUUACCUACUGUGGUUAUGCACCUUAAGAAGCAGGACCUAAAAGAAACAUUUAUUGACAGUGGUGUGAUGUCUGCCAUCAAAGAAUGGCUCUCACCUCUACCAGAUAGGAGUUUGCCAGCACUAAAAAUUCGGGAGGAGCUGUUGAAGAUUUUGCAAGAGCUACCUAGUGUGAGCCAGGAGACCCUGAAGCAUAGUGGGAUUGGACGAGCAGUGAUGUAUCUCUAUAAACACCCCAAGGAAUCAAGGUCCAACAAGGAUAUGGCAGGGAAAUUAAUCAAUGAGUGGUCUCGCCCUAUAUUUGGUCUUACCUCAAACUACAAAGGAAUGACAAGAGAAGAAAGGGAGCAAAGAGAUCUAGAACAAAUGCCUCAACGACGAAGAAUGAACAGCACUGGUGGUCAGACACCCCGAAGAGACCUGGAAAAGGUGCUGACAGGAGAGGAGAAAGCUCUUAGACCUGGAGAUCCUGGAUUCUGUGCCCGCGCAAGAGUCCCAAUGCCCUCAAACAAGGACUAUGUUGUCAGGCCCAAGUGGAAUGUGGAAAUGGAGUCAUCCAGGUUUCAGGCAACCUCCAAGAAAGGUAUCAGUCGACUGGAUAAACAGAUGAGAAAGUUCACAGAUAUAAGGAAAAAAAGCAGAUCUGCACACGCAGUGAAAAUCAGCAUCGAGGGCAAUAAAAUGCCAUUGUGACCUUGCCUGGGAUGUGUGCCCAUCUCUACUCUAAGAAAUGCGCAAUGGACUCUUUGGAGAAAGAAGAUAAUAUUUUAAGAAAUUUUUAGUGUGUCUGUAAAUGGUUCAGCUUGUUAUCAGAUGUUGCCAUAGGACCCACAUUUUUCUCAGUUGUAUUUAAAACCGUUUGUUGUGUACUUUGUACAGAGGAAUACUAGUCAUACUUCUAUAGACUUUACACAAUAAAAUUUCAUUCUGGUUUUGG